CCCUAUAAAAGCGGGGAUUUCACUGUUGUACGUCAAUUUACUCGUUGUCGCAGAGGGGAUAGGUGUAACACACAGUUGCUCUGAUAUAUCAAAAUGAAUCUAUCAAGGAAAAUUACCUCACAUAUACAAGAAUUAUAUUCUAUCAAUGCCAAAAAUAUUGUAAAAGAGAAGGAAUCAUUUGAAAAAGCCUAUCAAGUCGGUCCCGUACUUGGAAGUGGUGGUUUUGGUACCGUGUAUACUGGCAUUAGAAAUAAAGACAAGUUGCCGGUUGCUAUCAAACAUGUUGCAAAAGACAAAGUAACAGAUUGGGUUCAGGUGGGUGGCCAAAAACUUCCAAUUGAAAUCUGUCUUCUGAAGAAGGUGAGCCAAAUAAAAGGUUGUAUAACAAUGCUGGAUUAUUAUGAGCGAGUGGACAGUUUCAUAAUUGUCAUGGAAAAACCAUCUCCAGUCAAGGAUUUAUUUGACUUUAUUACUGAAAAUGGAGCUCUCAGUGAAGAACUAUGUAGAGAUUUUUUCAGGCAAAUUGUUGAGACAUUUCAACGUUGCCAUGACGUUGGAGUAGUUCACAGAGACUUAAAAGAUGAGAACAUUCUUGUGGAUAUGAAAACUGGUGAACUAAAACUAAUAGACUUUGGUUCUGGAGCUAUUUUGAGGGACACAGUAUAUACAGACUUUGAUGGUACCAGAGUGUACAGUCCUCCAGAAUGGAUUAGAUUUCACAGGUAUCAUGGACGUUCCGCAGCAGUAUGGUCUCUUGGAAUUUUACUAUACGACAUGGCUUGUGGAGACAUCCCUUUUGAAAGAGAUGAUGAAAUCUGUCGAGCACAGCCACACUUCCGUAGAAACCUGUCCCCGCAAUUAAAAAACUUAAUCAGAUCAUUGCUAUCUGUACGCCCUUCACAUCGUCCCACCUUGAAUGAGAUACUUGAUCACCCUUGGAUGCAAAUAGGCCAAAAAGACAAUGCACCCAGGAAAAUGUCUGUUGAUGACGACGUUUCCUGCAGUCAGGACAGUGUUGGCUUCAGUCCCUGUAGUAGUAUUGGAUGUAGCCGCGAAGACCUCAGUAGCAAAGACUGUGAUAGCCGUUCUACAAGCCCUGAGGCAAUGGACACUAUACCUUCCAGUCCUGACCUUUCAGACUCUGAUAGCGAUUCUGAUGAAGAGCAAAAAUCCCAAAGUUGAUGUUCAGCACACAUUGUGAAUUAGUAAAUCAAUGAAAUUAAUUAUUUUCUUAAUAUAAUUUUAAGUCAAAAAUGACAUAAGAAACUUGAAAGUUACUUACUGGUAACAUUCGAGUUUCUUUGUAAUGUAUUGGCGUAAAUCGAUGUUGCAAUUAAGUUUCUGUUGUAAGUGUACGACGAUGCAAGAGAAGUAGACAAAGUACGCAGACAAAAGUCUGUUGUAUAAACCUGGUGCAAUAGCCUCCCUCCUAUCCCCUAUUGUGUACUGGCCAGUAUUGGGUCAUUUAAUGCCUACACACCCAACUCUGCCCUCUGUACCUGGUAUUCAACAGUAUCUAUAUAUGUUAAUGCCUUGCCAAUCUACAACACAGCCACACUUGCUGAUGACUGCCAGGUAUUUUAAUUUGUUAGGAAAUGAGCCUUCCACAGGGAUUUGCAUAAAUUGUUUUAAGAACGGGGUCACAUGGAUUUUCUUUCCUGUAGUCUUUGGCUGCCUUUGUGAAUUAUAAUUAUAUGUUGGAAAGACUGAGCAUUAGUGCGUGUGAGAGGUAUGGUGUGUAAGUGAGAGUGAUCAUGCAGCCAACGAAUGGUUUAAAAAAAUACAUGUGACCUUUAAAUUAGAUUACCAUGCAAUUCUGCAAACCCUGCUAAGGAGAAACUUCUAUACAAAAUAGGUAUAAAGAAAAGACGAAGGACAAUAAUGUGCUGCAUUUUAAAAUGAUUUAAGGGAAGCAGUAGUAAGACAUGGAGGCAUAAAGCAUGUAUUAUGAAUAUAAUAUAUUAUACGAUUAUCUUAUUGAAGAAUGAACUUGAUGUUUGGAGGAAUUUUAAGUUUGCAAAGAGCGUGACAGGUAAUGUACUUCUGCUAACUCAAAUCAGUAAUUGUAAAUAGUUAAAUGUAUUUAUUUCUCAAGUCGAUAGCAGCCACAAACUAAUAUAGUUUGUUAAUUUAAUUUAAUUAAUAAUUAUUUGUGGUUCUCAAUCACACAGAUUUUAAUCAAAAUUAAGUUUAAUUCCUGCUGCUAGUUCUUAUAUUAUUUUUUGUGGUUGUGUUACAGUAUUUAUUGUUCGGUAACUUCAAACUUUUUCUCCAAAUGUCUUGUGUUCUAACUUCAAUGGAUGUUUUGAAUUGUAAAGAGUUUAUUUUUAUAUGAAAUGUGAAUUGAUAAAAAAAAAAAUAUGAAUAAAUGGCAUGAAUAAGUGCUUGGUUGAAGAAAA